AUGCUUUCGGAUGAUACAUACCAUAAACCCUCGGCUCAAUGCAGUUAUUGCUUCAAGUCGAUAUUUACAGAGAAUAAGCCAACACAACCAAAACCACGGGGGAACACAUCAAGGUUCCAUGACAUGUUGAAAUGUCUGUUGAAACCGAUUUGUAUCCGCAGUCGUCGAAAAAAGAAGACAAUAACCGUACCAGAGAAAUGCUCUUGUACUACCGUAAGCCAUGUUACUCUGAACCAAUCUUCGGAUUCAAUGACCUUUAUCGAUCUACCUUGGAUUGUACCGCCCAAAUAUCACAGAAAUACCAAUAUCAAUGCUCCGGAGAAUCAUUGGAUCUUUAGAACAGGGUGGACUCCACAGCCAGAUCCGUCAGCAUUGGUAAACACUGGAUGGUGUAGCCAUUGUGGGUCUUGUGUAAAAAGCGAUGAAUGCCCAUCAUGUGAUUGGGACACAAAGGAAGAAAAAUCUGUUUUUCUGUAA